AUGGAUUUCGUAAAAUCAAUUUCUUGGGGUCAAAAUGGGGAAAAACUUAAAAUUAAAAUAGGAAUUCAUUACGGAAGAGUCAUUGCAGGGGUCAUAGGUUACCAUAAGCCUUAAUUUUCAUUAAUAGGAGAUACUAUAAAUACCACUUCUAGAGUAAUGUCUACUGGAGAAGAUGGAAAAAUGACUAUUUCUGAGUAGGCUUUUGGCUUUAUUUAUUCAGUAGAACCUGAGUAAGUAGUUUUUAUGCUAAGAAACCUAUUCUACGAAUUUGAUAAGUGUUGUGUUGAAAAUGAUGUUUUUAAGCUUUAUACAAUUGGCGAUUGUUAUGUAGUUAUGAGCUUUACUGAUAUUAGGAAAAGAAAUGCAGUUUAGGAAGCUGUAAAUAUAGUAAAUACGGCUUUUUAAAUGGUGAAGAUUAUUUGUUAGGUUAGAGAAUAGAUUAAAUUUGAAGGUUUGGAUAUGAGAAUAGGUAUUCAUACAGGUAAUAUAAUAGGGGGAGUUAUUGGAACAGAUAUUGUGAGAUAUGAUAUUUAUGGGAAAGAUGUAGUUAUAGCUAAUAAAAUGGAAAGUACAGGACAGUAAGGGAGGGUUUAAGUUAGUAGUGUGACUAAAAAGUUACUGGAAUAGAAAAAUUAAUUGUUUUCUUUUUCGGAAUAAAGGGAUGUUUAUGUGAAUUCGGUUAAUGAAAUGGUGGAAUGUUGGUUUGUUUAAUAAAGGGAUGAAAUUUAGGUUGUUGGGGGAGGGAGAGAUGAUGGGAAUAAUAAAAAUAUUAUGAUUGAUAUUAAUUAAAAUUUAAAUUAUGUAAAUGAAAAGGAACACUUAUAUUUCUUAAAUAAUUUCAUUUUAUCUAUCUAUAUUAUCCUCGAAAUCUCUAUUACCGUCAAUAAUAAGAACCGAUUUUCCAGAUCCGAUGUUUCCUUCGAUUGUAAAAAUGAAGGGUUUUUAAUGAUUUUAUACGUUAUGCAAAUAUAUAAUUCGAUUUGA